AUGUCUGGACGCACGAACGCCGAGACGCCAAAUGCUCAUGACUCUGCCGCUCAUCGACCUGUGACGUCCAAGGCACGCGGGGUCUGCAAAUACUACAAUACCGACCGCGGGUGCUACGCCGGCGAUCGCUGCAAGUUCUUGCACGGAGAAACGGAGCGCUUGACCCCUUAUGACAAGAACAAGCCCUGCAAGUUCUACGCCGCCGGAUACUGCAGGCGCGGAGAGAAGUGCUGGUUCUUGCAUGCGGACCCAAGCAAGGUCGGCAAGACGAGCGAGCCUGAGGAGGAAGACGAGAUAGUGUGCACCAUUUGCUACGACAAGCCGGAGACGUUCGGAUUGCUUGCGGGCUGCAGUCAUGUCUUCUGUAUCACGUGCAUCAAGAACUGGCGUGAAACGCAGGGCAAGUCCGAAGACAUAGUCCAAGCAGGGACGACCAAGACAUGCCCCAUGUGCCGUACCUCCUCCCGCUUCGUGACGCCAUCCGCGUUCUUCUAUGCCGAGGGGCAUCCAAUGAAGUCCGAGGUCAUUGACAAGUACAAGGCCAGCAUGGCGCGCGUCAAGUGCAGGUACUUCGAGCGCUCUAAGGCGAGUGAGAGGUCCUGUCCGUUCGGAAAGGACUGCUUUUAUAAGCAUGAGAACCCGGAUGGGUCGCCAUACGUUUUUGAGCAUGGUGCAGCCUACUACAUGGAGGUGAGCACUCAAUAG